AAAAAAACAUGAAUUUGGUCGAGCCUUGAAGAAUGAGGAAGAGAGGAUGCAUCACGCGUCAACUUGCCAAAUCUGAACGGUGACAGCAAAUAAUAAGCUUUGAUUUCAUCUUCUCGUUUCUCCACCAGAUAUAAUCAAUGAUUCCUCUUUCCCUCUGCUUCUGCUGUCGUUAACCAUGGCCUCGCUUCAAUCGUAAGCAUUGCUCUUCUUCCUCCGCUUCUUCCUUGCUCAUUGAUUAGUCCACCGCCGAUCUAAAUCUAGCUCUUCCGAUUCCGUUUCUGUCUGACCAGCGACCAUUGAUCGAGGAGGAGAAAGAAGGGUGAUAACUGAUAAGGAGAGAUCGAGGCGAAUAUAUGAAGCCAUCUUUGCUCACUAGCCAGCCGAGCCGGCGCGGCAGUCACCGCCAAGCGGAUUCUGGCUUAGGCGGAGAAGGCGGCGGCGGCGCUGCUUCCGCUGCCGAGAGCGUCUUUCGUUCCCCUACCGCGGCGUUCUGGAUCGUCAUCCAUGGGGUCUGCUGUGUCAUCAGUGUCUUCCUCGGUUUCCGCUUCUCUCGUGUCGUCUUCGUCCUGCUCUUUUCUCCUUCCUCCACAACGACAAUUUCCUCUGUUUUCACAUCCGUCCCCGCCCUCCACGCUGCCGUGACCAACACCACGACAACGACGACUCAGAUGCGAGCUCUCGUGCUUGCCUCCUCUCCGCCUCCGCCUCCGGAGGCGGAGCAGAACUCGAUGAAGAGCCGCGUCGUGGUAGGGCGGCACGGGAUCCGCAUCCGGCCGUGGACACACCCGGACUCCGAGGAGACCAUGCGGGCGCACUGGAUCAUCGAGCGCGUGCAGCGGGAGCAGCGGCUGCAGCACGGCGUACGUAGUCCACGGCCGCUGAUCGUCGUCACGCCCACAUACGCCCGCACCUUCCAAACGCUCCACCUCACUGGCCUCCUCCACUCCCUUCUCCUCGUCCCCUUCCCCCUCACUUGGCUCGUCGUCGAGGCCGCGAGCAGCCGAUCCAAUGACACCGCCGCCUUCCUCGCCCGCUCCGGUCUCCACUUUCUCCACGUCCCCUUCCCCCAUCCCAUGCCCGAAGACUCACGCUACUGGCGCACCACCGAAUCCCGUAUGCGCCUCCACGCUCUCAGAGUGGUGAGAGACAGGGGAAUGGACGGGAUCGUGGUAUUCGCCGACGACAGCAAUGUGCACAGCAUGGAGCUGUUCGACGAGGCGCAGAGAGUGAAAUGGAUGGGCGCCAUCUCCAUGAGAAUCCUCACUCACAUUACCGGGCUAUCAACUUCGAGGGGCGAGGAUCACAAGUCCCCUGUGCCAAUCCAAGGCCCUGCUUGCAACUCCUCGGGCCACUUGGUCGGAUGGCACACCUACAACCCCCUGCCCAACACCGGCGCCACCUUCAUCGGAGCCGGCAAGACCGUGCUGCCGGCGAAGAUGGAGUGGGCGGGGUUCAUGCUGAACUCGAGGUUGCUGUGGAGAGAAGCCAAGGAAAAGCCGGAUUGGGUGAGGGACCUCGACGAGGUGGGGAAGAAGGGCGAGGAUAUCGACAGCCCGCUGUGUCUGUUGGAGGAUGCCUCGUUCGUUGAGCCGCUGGGAAAUUGCGGGAGGAAGGUCCUGCUGUGGUGGCUCCGCGCCGAGGCCCGCUACGACAGCAACUUCCCGACGGGAUGGACAUUAGAGCCUGUUCUGGAAGCAACCGCUGCUGCAAAUCACAGCGCACGGAUUGAUGCAUCUCCUGAGCUUCCAUCUAAUUCUAAGCUGAUGGCCGGCAACCAAGAUUCAAGAAACAACAAUAUAUCAACAUGAACGAGACACAUCAAAACUAGUGAGAAAAGAAAAGGUGUCCUAAAGAUUUUGGUAAGUAAACAUGAUUAGUUAAGACAGAUCACUGCAUCUUCUUUUGCUCGGUGACAAUAUCUAACAUGAGUUUUAGGAUUUGCAGAUACAAGCAGCUGCAGUGUUCCAUAGCCUUGCUUUUCUUCUCCGUAGUAUUAUUAUUAUUAUUUUUUUUUAAUUUGAAACAUGUUUUGUUUGAGUGUCAAAUGGUCACUCAUAUUUCAAUCAAAGCUGAUGCUUAUAAUUUUGUAGUUAUCAUUUCAGGAAUUGUCUAUGGAAUUCAGAUCUAUGGUGUGUAAAAUAAUAUUAAUGCCUUUUGCAUUUCAUAA